AUGGGAUUCUCUUUCUACAUCGGCCUCUACUGCCUUGGAAUCUUGAUCACCAAUCCUUUUUGGGGAGCAAAGGCUUCAAAAUGCCCCAAUGACUGGUUGAAGAAACAGGGAAACUGCUACGGAUAUUUUGAUGAAAAACUAAGUUGGGAUGAUGCUGAGAUGGAGUGCCAGAGCUAUGGCCCUGGAUAUCAUCUGGCCUCUAUUCUCAGCCGCCAAGAAGCUGCAUUAGUGUCUGUAUACACCAAAGACAAACAGAAUUCAGCUAGCAAUGUCUGGAUAGGGCUCCGUGAUGUCUCCGAGAAAGGGCGAUGGAGAUGGGCUGAUGAAUCCACUUUCAAUUACAAAUCCUGGGCAGGAUUACAGCCAGACCACACUUAUGGGAAUGAACAUUGUGUGGAGAUGUUACAUUCGACAAAUUUUAAAGAGUGGAAUGAUAGGGCAUGUGAAGCUCUUAACGCUUACAUCUGUAAGUAUCAGCAGUAG